CAUGUGUUUCCAAGAGGUUUAGUCUACCCAGGGAUAACGUUUAAUUACGGUAAGCUUUGUCCAAAUUUCAGGAGUAAUGUGCUAGAGACGCCACCGGUUAACGUUACACCAGUUAGCAUAGGUUGCCUUUCAAUUCCUCUCUUAGAUAACCCUCCUAAGGGCUAUCAGGCUAUUUGUUUCAUCACUGACUCAGCUGUUCUAGUUCAUCUGGUCAUGUUACCUGUUAGCACAAUGACAUCUUUAAAGCCUUCCAAGCAGACUUCAGCUGCAGCAUCUAAGAUCAAAAGCAAGAUUCUCAACACCUCCUCCUUCUUCAAGGUCUCUUUGAAGAACAACAACAGGGCCCUGGCUGUUGCUUUGGGGGCCCAGAAGGAGAGGAGCAGGCAAAUGGAGAAGGAGAAUGUGUACCUUAAGAAGCAAGUGGAGGCUUUGUAUUUUGAACUGGCCACCAGGAAAUACAAGCACAGGAAACUGCUUCUCAUCUUGAAAAACCUCCAAAGCAGCACUCUGCAGCACUUGGACAUGGUGUCUGAACUAUUCUCUGACAGUGAUCUUCCCAAACCAUCAGAGGAAGACAAGACCUCAACUGGCGACAUCAAUAAAGAAAAUCUUGUAAUGGGAAGUCUUACAGGUCAGCUACCUGUUCAGCCAGAAAUUUCAGGCGCUGUGUUGUGUCCCCUCCAAAAAGUAACAUCGGACUUGCCUGAAAAAAACAUCUGUGCAGAUGUCUUCAAUUUCCAGAAUAGGCACAGAAACCCCACUCAUAGUUGCAAUGAUGCUGAUAAAAGGCCUUCGAGCCAGCUUAUACAAGCUCCCCAGACAGGAACCUCCCGUCCGUCUAGUAGCCUACAGGAGGAAGUAGAGAGGCUUUCAGUGAUAUUCUCUCAAUCUGAGUUUGAUAUGAAGUCAGACCCCUGUCUCCAGAACAGUCAAGCCGCAUCAGCUGUGAGCAGAUGUGAAAAACCCAAGCCAUCUCUACCUGAUGAUAUUCACCUUCCAAGUAGCUCAGUCGUGGAAACUGAACCAGAGCAUGGUAACAAACAAGAGAAGACUGUGCUUCAGAACGAAACAAUGGAGAUGACGCUAAGUAAUGCUGCUGACAUAAUCACUGUGGAAACUAAGGCCAAAAAAGCAGGCCGCUCUGGCAACCUGAAAGGCAAGAAGAACAAGGAACAAGACUGUGGAUCAAGUGUGACUGAAAAUCCACAAGUAAAGAACUCUGCAGAUUCUAGGUUACGUGGGGUUCAGAGUGCUCCUAGCUGCACUGUGUUACAGAUCGAUGACCAUGCACCAGAGGAUGUUAGAGACCCAGAGGUUUUUGAACUUCAGUCAAACAAAACACAGUGUAGAAGUGUCACUACUUCUCGCAUACCCAAGUUGGGCAAGUCUAAAGCUGGCAACCGUCAGAAAAUAGUGAAGGAGAAAUUAAAAUCCCGUAACUGCCCCAUGUCAAAAACAGAGUCCCGUGACAUUGUCUUACCAGAUGUGGAUGAUUAUUUCAUGGAUCCUGAAAAUCAGUUCUCAAUAGCCAGUGAAAGUGUAAAAUUACCACCAGAGAAAGAUAUUGCAGGAGAAAUGAGAUCCAAAAUCACAUGCAGGAGGUCCAGGACUAAAGGCAGGAAGGUGUCUUCUGUGAGCACAAAAACGUUUGUCACUUUGCCUUUGUAUGAAAGUGAGAGCAGUCCAUCCCAACUGCUACAGGUCCAUAAUCAAGUGGAAGAAGAAGUUAUGGGACAAUAUAAAGCAAGCAAAGACCAAGAACUACCCAGAGAGCUUCAGUUGUGUGCAAGUGAUGUCACAUGUCCAGAGUCAGAACAUGAACACAAGACUGUAACAAAUCCUGGGCAAAGUCAUAAAUCAAAAUACAGAGGGACUUUUGUUAUCUCAGUGGUCAGGGAUAGCCCAUCAUUGAGCACAUCACCAGAAGUUUGUGCGACAGAGCAGGACUUAAUGCCUUCUACAGGAUCCUCCAACUGUGAAGCACAAGAUCCAACGGUCACGGAUGUAAGUGUCGUUUGGCAGCAUUCAGAAUCAAAUCCACACAAGCCCAGGGAGAGAGCCUUUGUAGUGGAAAAGCAGAGUUCCUGUAAGCGUCCUUGGCUGGCCUGUCAUGAUUCAGGAAGCCCUCAAGAGGAUUUGAGUAGCAAUGAUAACCAGGAAGUAAUGCCACUGGAUGAAGGUUGCACAUCAGAACCAGAGUUUCAGACACCUAAAAAAGCCAGAAGAGAAGAACCAAUUCGAACCUGUAAGGAGAAAGCAAUGCAGAGGGAGGAGUGUGUUGAUCAUUUAAAUGACAGGAAAAAGAAGGGAAAAAGUAGCCGUCGCAACAAAGGAUUUAGAUCUGAGGAUGAAGCGCGUUAUCUUGGGGACUUAAGCGAUGCCUCAGCACUCAAUGGCAUUGGUGGUCCUGACAGAAAUAAAGAUGAUUCCCACACGGUAGACUCCUAUUCUGACAUCUGUGAAAAGGAUGAGAUCUUUAAAGAUUUAUAUUCAAAACCCAACGAUCAGAAUCCAAAACGGUGUAGGAACACAUCCAAGCUGCAUACUGCCGCGAAAACCAGAAACUCAAGGGAGACAUUCGUUGUCUAUUUGCACAAAACUCAAGAUAAUGUUCCACUAAACAACACAAGGACAUCUAGUGUGUCAAGUGCCAGCAAUCACAUGGUGGACACCACUGAUGAAACAAUUCACCAGAAUCUGGGAGACCUGCUGACGGACGAGAUGCCACCAUGGCUGGCCCUAGAUGUCAGCACUGCCACUGAGGUGGACUCUUUACUCGCUAGUCCCAAGAGGCAAACAUCAGGCAGCGCAGCAGUGAUUGAGGAGUCCAUUGCUGUCACAACUGAAGCCUCUCCAGCAGGAAGAGUCUUAACCUCACUGACCAACACCAUUGUAACCCCAGACAGCGAAAAUAGUGGGAGAACUCGGAGACGAAGAGUUGUUGUCAGUUAUAAGGAGCCGACCCUCAACAGCAAAAUUAGGCGUGGUGACAAAUUCACCGACAGCAAGUUUCUGAGUUCUCCCGUGUUUAAGGAGGACAAGAAGAAGAAGAAGAAGCAGAAGAAGACUGGAUCCAACCUGCAGAAUGAAAGACCCAUUUUGGUUGACUGAUUCUUUUUCUCUUCUUUUUUUCUUUUUUUUUUAAACCUGGUUUAUUUGAAUUUGUUGUUUUUCUUUAAAAACUUAAUAAAGACCUUUUCAUCAGUCUUUAAGUGAAGUCUCAAACAUUUUUGCAGGCAACCGUAGACUGUAGACAAACAUUGCGCCAGCAUUGUGUGUGUUUGUGAUCUGCACAUUUCAUAUUGCAAUCUCAUCUGUAUGUAGGGCUGGACAAUAUGUGUUAUCACAAUAAAAAAUUUCAUAUCUUUUGAAAUCGAUAAUUAUCA